AAAACCGAUGCUCAUUGCCAUUCUCAACCAAAUCGUAUGCUACUCUUGGCGAGUGCGGACGUAUUGUAUUUAACUCAGCUCGGUUAUACGUCAACAAGUAAAACGUUAGUGAAUUAAAAAAAGAAAAAACAAAAAUCUUUUUAUCAAACCAAAUAAAGAAACAAAUUUACAAACUUGUUGCUAAUAAAUCUCACUUUAGUGAUUUAAAUUUAUCAAAUUAACACAGAAAUUUAAUGUUUAAAUAAUAACAAAUAUGUUUAAUCUUAUUUAAUAAAACCACAUAGAAAAUAGUGCUAAAAGAUUUUGUGAAAAAAAAAAAUUCAAUGAAAAAAUGUAUAAUUAAUAAUACAAAAAAAGUUGUUUUUCGUUUUGUCGUUGCUGUUGUUGCCUCUGUACUCCGAAAGGCAGAUGAAAAAAGAGUAUGAGAGAUGAUUUUUUACACUGUUAAAAUAAUAAAAACCAAAUGAGAGAACUGAACAGAUGCGUGUGAAACUAAUUUCUAAAUACCGUUCUGCGAAAUGAUCAUUGAACUUUGAAAACAACCAGAUUGAGUUAAAGGUGCUAACAGAAUAUUUUAAUAAAUUGAAAAUAACAUCAAUAUUGACAGAAACAACUCAACUCUAAGCUAAAUUAAACAUAAUAAAAAUCAUAAUGAUGCAUUUGAACAUAAUUAAUCCCCAACAAAUGAGUUUCAGUUGUUUUCAUUACAUCGUAACAUUUCUUAUUGCUAUUCAACCGUGGACAUGGACGGCACGUUCAGGUUAUGCAGGAUUAAUGACAGCAGCGGCGUCUGUAAAAUCUCCAGGCGAAAUGGAUCCGAAGACAUUAUCAAUUUUAAUUGGGGAUAAUGCCAACAUAACGUGUCGCCUUGCAAAUCCCAAAAGUACAGAUAUAUGGUUCCUGGAAGAAAAAUCAAAGCGGCCAAUAAAACAACCAUCUGAACAAAUAAUGUUAUUAGAUGAUUAUACGGCAGUAUUAAUGAUACAUAAUGCUGUUGAACAAAACAGUCGGUACCAAUGCAAAGUUGGAGAUAAUGCCAUCGCGGUAUCAGAACUUUAUGUAGGCACAAAACCACAAAAUGUUACAGAUUUCUCCUGUAUAUCUUAUGAUUAUGAAUACAUGGAGUGCAGUUUUACAAGACCAAAAAAUAUGGUAUUAACAAAGUUUAAUUUGGAAUAUAAACUACCAAAAGAUAGCUCCAUCUAUAAAUGUGACUGCCACGAUGGGAAACAAAUUCACCAAGUAAAAUGCAACGUAACCGAUUAUUUGCCAAUGAGAGAAAAAUAUUUAUUUACUUUAAAAGGAACAAACGAUGUUGGUGAAAAUACACAAACGUUUUCAAUAAACAACCACAAAAUUGUUAUACCAUCUGCAGUAGACAUAUUUCCACAAAAUAUUACUAGCGAUAGUAUUGCAAUUUCUUUGGAGAAACUUAAGAUUUCAUAUUAUAUUAAAAUUGGACUAACGUACGAUAUUCAAAUACGGGAUAACAACAGCAAUUGGAGAACACCGCAGACGGGAGAGUUGGAAUGUCAGAACGGCACAUGUAAUAUUGUAAUUAGUAAUUUGUAUGCAUUUUGGCUGUACUGGAUCAAAGUGAAGGUUAAGUCGAACAUGGUCGAUAAUGACGAAUUCUGGAGCAAAGAAAAGAUCAUAUCAUUCCACACUAAAUCGGAGAGACCGAAGAGAGCUCCUGAAACACCACUAGGAAGUUUUUACAUCGAUAAUACUGAAACUCAAUUGCGUCUGUAUUGGGAACAAAUGCCCAAAUAUGAGUACAAUGGUCCUGGUUUCCAUUACGUUAUAAAUGAAAUCAAUGAACAUGGUGUUGCUAUGCUCAGCACUAAAACUAAUGAAUCUUCAUUAACAUUUGCAUGGAAAAAUGAAAGCAUGCAAAUGUUUGUCAUCAAGAGUGCCAAUGAUAAAGGCGAAAGCUACGACGAAAGUCGAAUACGUGUUUAUCGAAGUGGAAGUUCCCGCUACGAACUAAAUGAAAAUAGCAUUGCAAAAGUUUAUCACAAUAGUAGUUAUACGCUUUCGUGGUCGCCGCCAGAAAACGUUGCAGAAUUAAUGAAUUACACAGUUUUUUGGUGUCUACCGGAAAUUGAAUUGCCAAAUCAAUGCAAGGGACCAAUUUCGUACAAGUAUUUAGGCAAAUUAGCAACAAAUUUCACAACUGAACCAAAAGAUCGGAGUUUAAAUUUGGCUAUAUCAGCCAAUUAUCCACACUACAAUAAAGGCAUGCAAUGGGCUAGAUGUUCGGGUGAAGUUUCGAGCGAACUUAUGAAAAUGGAACUGGAGGUUAAUGCGCUAAACGAAAGUGCAAUUUUAGUUAAAUGGAGUUCAGGCAGCGUGUGUGCCUCAAUACUUAAGGGCUACAACUUGACGUAUUGUCAUGCCUCGAUGGAUGAUAAAUGUGUAACGCCUCAAAUUACUGUUGAGCUUUUAAGAACAAAAAAGGAGUAUCGAAAUCAUACCAUUACCGAUUUACCGGCGUACACUAACGUAUGUGUAAAUAUGGUCAUGUACUCGUCAAGUAAACAAGGUCGCAUUAGCGACUGGAAUUGUAUUAGAACCAAAGCAAUGGCACCUUCGCCGCCCAAGUCUAUAAGGUACAUUAAAAACACAGUCACAAGUAAAUCAGCUGAAAUUCAAUGGAGUCCACCAGAUAAAAACAAUGGCAUUUUAAGUAACUACACAAUCUAUUGGCGAAAAUAUCCAGAUCAUACAUUUGAAAAAAAUACAACGUCUAUUGAGCAAACAUCCUAUAACUUGACUGGCCUUAAUAGCUAUUCCAACUAUGAAGUGUAUGUUACCGCUCACACUAUCGAGGAAUCUGUGCCCAGCAAGCGAAUCAACUUUACCACUCUCAUCGGAAUACCAUCGGGUCCACGUAAUCUCAACAUUUACGAAAACGAUACUGUUAUAUACUGGGAUCAACCAGAUUUGCCAUCGGGGCGGCAUUUAUUUUAUAUAGUCGCUCUUAUACGGCAAGAUGAGAAAUAUAACCCAAUUUAUGAACGUGUUUCUAUUGUGAAAGGUCGCAGUUGCCGUUUCCAGCAACCAGACUGCUUAAAUUCAAACAAGACAUAUGCUUUAAAGGUAAGAGCAGUCAAUGUGGGGGGAAAGGAGGAAGUUGAUCGAGAAAUUGUAGCCAUGAACAAAGAUGUUAUACUGGAGGGGUCGACAAUUGAUGAAGGUUUUUGUAAAUCAGAGGUGGAAGACAAUUCAUUUGACAUCAACACUAAGUCUAUUUUUCAAAAUGACAAUGGCAAGUUUUAUUUUGCCUCCCCCUGGAUGGCUGCUCCGCGCAGUUACAGCUGCUCAGCAAGUUCAAAGGCCUCGAUAUAUGCUGUGGCAUUGAUUAUUGUCAUUGCAUUUGCUGCUUACCUCUGCUGUUGGUUACGCAACAAAAUUUACAAUAUGAAAAACAUUAAAGUCAUCUUACCAGAGGGUUUGGUUACCAAUUACAAAUAUGCCACGGAUACAUUGGGUAAUGGAUCGGAAUUGGGAUCGUCAACAAAAAAGGAAUUCCAUUCGGACAUAUCUCGUAGUAAUGAUUGCUUGGUGUCCUAUGGCCACAAGGAAAAUCUCAAUUUAAUAACUAAUUUUCAUAACGGCUCUUCGAAUGCAUUAUCCUCGCUCUCCUCCAGUAACAGCUCCAAAGAUCAUCAUAAAGAGGAACAAAUCGGAGAACACCCUUCACUAGAAACAACUAACGAAGAAUUAAGUUCAAAUUCGAGUUCAGCUUCAAAUUCAAAUCUCACAUAUCACGAUCAUCCCCAAAUCAAAAGAUUAUCAUCGAUUGACAGUAACAAUACAAUUCCUGUGUCUGGCUGUGAAGAGGAGGAAUAUGAUGACGGAAAUACCAGUAAAGAACCCAGCCUCGACAACGAGAAUGUUCAAAAUUUUACUCCACAACAAAACAAUGGUUAUGUGACACACAAUUCACAACUGUUGGCAUCAAUUUUAAAUGCUACUGAAAGAAAUGUUCCAACAGUGCAACACUUCAACCCAACAUUCCCAACCAUGAUCAACGAUGGUUACAUACAGCCAAGUGCUGCCAAACAACUGUUUCAGCCACCUUUCUCGCAUCACCAGCCCCAACCUCCAACUACUAUAAAUGGAUACACAUGUAUAGAAUCUCUAGGCAAAUUGACAACGCCAGAUGAAUCGAGACAUAUUAAUAUUCCAACAUCACAGACCAUCGUAAAUUCACCAGUUUCCAAUACAGAAACAUCAACAAUAAAUACAACUCCAUCGAAUGGAAUUAAUAUACCAACAACAAAUGUCUCAUCAAAUAUCUUAUCAUCACUACACACAUCACCAGUUAUAACAGAUCUAAAUGAAUCUCCAAGUGCAGAAUACAAUAAGGACAAUCUGCAACAGAAUGGAACAACUGUCUCAGUGACAAGUGCAACACAGCAACCGAACAAUAACAACAAUACAAUUUAUGGAUACGUAACACAACAACAACUGGCCAACUUUGGUACCAAUGUGGCGCUAGGAAAAGAACUCAAUACAUAAACUGUUAACGCUAGCAUCCAUCUCUCAACACGAACUUAUGGUUGAUCUGGUUGAUCUUAUUCAAUUUACGCUAUAGUCACAGUUUACAAUUAUGGUUAUGUAGAUUGAAAUGACUUACUAAAAAUACAUUUAGGCAUACAUAUUGUUGUACAUACAUAUAUACAUAUGUAUUUACAUACGUUGUUUUGUGUCGAAAUACUCAUCACAUUUGAAAAACAAAAUUAACAAAAAUAUUUACAAGUUACUGUAACCGUUAUCGUAACAUCACACUGCUGGGCAGAUACAAAAAAUACAUUUUUUUAUUAUUAAAUAUUAUUUCUAUUAAAUUUAUUUUAUAUACUUGUCUUUUAAAUAAUUUAUAAUAUCGAAUCGGCCUUAAAAUCGGAAUAGCCAACCUUUAAUGGAAUUGUAACCGUAUCGUAUACUUUACGUAACACUUUAUUACGAUUUGGAGCUUUCUUAAAAUAAUUAGUAUUUAUCAAUUUAUGUGAUUGACUUUUAAAAUCAACACUGUUAAUAGAUGUUACCUAAAACGCUAUGUAAUUCUGUUUUAAAUAGAAAAAUAAUUUACGAUUGCGUUACAUGUUAUCGCUAAAAUUACUUUACACACAACAAAAUCGAUCAGCUGUUUACUUCCGCGCCGUUAAGCACAUUGAACGUUUCCUUAACGCUAGGCCACAUAUUUCAGGCAAAUCACUUUGAUUUUCAAAAUGUUUUUGUUUAAGAAUUAGCAAAUUAGUGACUGGCAAAUAUAAUAUCAAUUGUAUAUUCCCUCGAAAUUUGUUACAUUUUAUGUGUGUUAAUGAGUCAGUUCGCGUACUUGAUACAAAUAUUGUAAUUGUUUAAAUUAAUAAAUGUAAUAUAAUAAUAAACAAACACUUAAAAUUUCAUUACACAUAACACUGUAGAACACAAAAAAAAAUUACAAGGUCCGGCCAAAAAAUUGUGAUAGAGGCGAUAAAAAAAAGACACGUGUAGCGGCGUUUUGAAAGUUUACAUCUGAAUUUACUUUGAGAGGGGGUUAAAGUUUCCCAACUCUGGCACAUUGUUAUUGUUAAUCGGCAUAAGAAACCAUGUGAUCCUUACAUUUUAGGUAUAAAAUGUAUUCAACAGAUUUAUGUGAAAUGUUACGGAGAACAUUUUUGUAGAAUAUAUUAACCCUAUAAAUCCUCAAGGUAUGGGUCCCUUUUGACCUUCUUUUAAAAAAGAGCAAAAAACACCAUUAAAACAGGGAUUUAAGGGGUUAAAUUGUUCCGCAAAAAUAUUAUCCGUGAAAUUUUACUAUAAGUCCCUGAAUACACCAAAACGGAAAAUUCAACCAGAAAGUCACAAUAAUUUUUACUAGAAAGUACACGAACACAAUUGUAAACAUGUUUGAAAAAAGUGCUCAACGAUUGCCAACGAUUAAACUUUUUAUGCGAAUAGCAAAUGCAUAUCGACCACUUUGCGCGAAAUUAUCGUAUGUUACAUUUUUACAUAGUAAAAUAUUAUACCGAUAUUCGCUAUAUUUAUGGAAAUAUUACUACUUCAGUUAAUUUUAACGUAUGUGAAAUUUAAUUUACUAAUGAUGAUACCAGCCAAAGCAAAGAUUUGGUUUUUGUAACAUACGAUAAAUUCGCGCAAAGGUAUUCGUACUAUGGCAUUUUUUGGCUUAAACUCUAAAUGAGAUUACACAUAGUUCAAAUAAUUGGCCAAUGUGUGAAAUCUACAAUAUAACAAAAAUUACAGAACAUUCUUGACAUUCCCAUUUCGAAUUGGAAAAUUAUUUUUAAGACAUUUAUAUUAAGUCGAUAUGUAAAUAAAUUUAAAAAAAAUUAAAACAUGUAAAUCUAGUCUAUAGUUAAAAGGUUCGUUUAGCCUGUUCUUGCACUACUUACAUAUUUUGAAACUAAAUUACAACAAUGAAAUAAAUAUACAUAAAUAGUAAUCUUAGCAUUACACUUACACUAUUUAAUAAAUUAUUGUAAUUUGACUGAAGAAAAAAACCUUAACAAGUUAUUUACAAAAAAAAAAUCAGAUUCACACAAAAAAAAAAACAUUUAUAAUUUUAAUCCAUCUGUGCCAUUACAAUUAGCUAAAGAACAAAUCUAGUUUAAGUUUGUAUUUAUAUCCUUGUUUAUAAUGAAAAUUGUACAUUUAACAAAUGUUUAGAAAAUAACACUUCCUUCCAUACAAUACUUGUUUAUUGAAUUUAUAAAAUUUAAAAAUUUGAUUGUGAAUAAGGAUUAAAAAAAUAUUCAAAAAUAUAGACUUGCAACCAGUGAAGACAAA